AUGCUGGGACUAUUGCGCGUCGCGCGCAAUGCGAUCUGGCCGCAUCCGUUCAAGUUCACGCUGGAGUAUGCGGAGGCCAAUGAUUCGGGUAGCAACCCGAUUGUCGACAUGAUCCGUGCGCACUGCCCGGACUUGUCGGGUGCGAAUGCUCCGCCCCAGCCGACGCGGUGGCUCCCGUCGGGACACGCGCAGACCAUGUACUCGGCAGUGGGCGACUUUUCCAAGGUUGACGAGGUCGAGUACAAGCGCAAGGUUUUUCUUACGCCGGAUGGGGGGACGGUCGCGGUGGAUAUCGGGUGCGCCAACACGCCCGUCACCUCGGCUCAGCUGUACUCUGCGUCAAAGACGGCGGACCUGGAGUCGUCGCUUUUGUUGCUCACCAACAUGUUCCCGAGCUCGCCCAUGAUCGGCAUGGGCUUCUCACUGGGUGGCGCAAUCCUCUCCAAGUACUUUGGCGAGGUCGGUAAGAAGACUCCAUUCAUUGGCGGUGUAGCUGUCGGUACUCCGUUUAGUUUGGAGGAGACAAGCAUGGCACUCGAAUCGUCAUACAUGAGUCUCGUCUACUCGUACGCCAUGGGGCGCAACCUCAUGAACCUGCUGCGCCGUCAUGUGGACACCUUGUCGCUUUGGCCUGAGUUUUGGGAGCCGCUGGAGACGGUGUUUGGCGAAAAGAUCUCGCCCAAGAAGGAUGCGCCUGUUGCGGAGCCGGCCAAGGAUGGGCCGCCCAAGGGACGCAUGCGGUUCGUGGACCAUUACGCGGUGCGCCAUGUCGGCGGCCUACGGUCGCCCUACGGCGAGUUCCCGCUCGAGUCGGCCCUGGCGUACUACCGACACGCCUCGGCAACGAAAUACCUGACAAAUAUCGCCCGUCCUUUGCUGGCAGUGAACGCAGACGACGACCCUAUCGUGCCGGCCCACGCCCUAACGACGCUCCGGAAAGAGCUCAAGUCGAAUCCGAACGUGGUCCUGGCGCACACGCAGUGCGGCGGGCACCUCGGCUGGUUCGCUACUUCGGCUGGGACGCGCUGGGUGCACAACCCGGUCAACCAGUACAUUUCUGCCUUGUUCGAGCGCUUUGCGGCUCCAGACUGCCCCCACGGUGCUACCGGUUUGGGAUCGGGCGGGCCAAGCGCUGCGCGCUGGAAGCAGAGCACCGUCGACAAGCAGAAAGUCAACGUGGAACUGCUGCCGGCAAGUGCACUCCCGAAUGUCCUCCCAGGUGUCACUUCCAAGACGCACGAGAAGGAAGACGUGCCGCAAGAGUCCAAAGGCGAGCCGAUGCAUGCAUGGCUCCUCACGCAGAUCCUGCAACACCUCCCGCUCGUGCACCCGAAGGAUUCGCCGAUUCGCCUUGCACAGGAGAACCCGGAGCCGAUCGAACAGGGAGAGGUGCUCCGCCUGACACUCUACCAUGACGCACUCCGCCCAGAAAUCGGAUACAUUGAGCUGCCCGAGGACGUCAACGUCGGCGGCAAUGGCUCCUUGAUUCAAGGAAGUGCCUCUGGCAAAGAGGGCCUAGCAGAGGGCAGCGGCGCCAAGAUUGCCGGAUUGUAG